AUGAAAUUAAUAAGAAUAAUUCUCACAAUUUCUAUAUGUGCAACAGCACUAAUUGGAGAUUAUAUAGUUUUUAAAUCAAAAUACUCAGAAUCGCUAGUUUUUCGCGCUUUUGCCGACAGUACAGUUCAUGCGAGUAUAGGCUUUCUAUCGGCCGUCCAGUUUUUUAGCCACGAGAUUGGAUUAACUGACCAAGCACGCCUGUAUAAUAUAGCCUUUUGUACAAUCAUUUCAUCUCUAAUAGAUGUUGAUCAUUUCAUUGCUGCAAGGUCUUUUAGACUCAAGGAUUUAACCAAAGUAAAAGAACGUGGCAUUUUCCACUGUACGAGCUACUGGAUUUUAUUAAAAACAGUUCUACUUAUUUAUUCUCAUAUAACAAGAAGAUUGGACAUUUAUAUAUUAACAUUUAUGCUAACAUUGGCAUAUACCAGCCAUCAUGUAAGGGAUGCCAACAGAAGAGGACUCUGGUUGUAUCCAUUUGGUCAUACACCACCUUUUAGCAAAUACUUCUAUAUAUUUCUUCUCAUGAUACUCCCGAGUAUAUUUGCAUAUUUGUACAUAGUUAUGAAGCCUGCCGUACACAAACAAACUGUGAGAUAUUAUGAUUCUAUAGUUUAA